AUGACCGCACAGUCCAAUUGGCAGGCUCUAGCUGAGGCCAAACGUCAAGCCAUUCUGAAGGCGAUUCCUGAAAAAUGGCGACUACCAACUCCCGUUCCACCGGCCUCCAAAGUCCGCGAUGUAACGGGACGCUACAUCCAACAGUAUCUCAGUGAGCGGGAAAUCGAAAUCACCGAGUCGGAUGCGGUUGAAAUCGCCUCUCGAACGAGUACAGGUCGCUGGUCCGCCGUCGAAGUAACAGAGGCAUUUUGUCACCGCGCUGCGUUAGCACACCAACUAGUCAAUUGCCUGCAUGAGAUGUUUUUUGAAGCAGCUUUGGAAGAUGCACGAAAGUUGGACGCAUACUUUGCCGAGCAUCAGAGGCCUAUCGGCCCUUUGCACGGUCUUCCUGUCAGUCUGAAGGAUCAGUUCCACAUCAAAGGUGUAGAAACCACCAUGGGCUAUGUCGGCUGGAUUGGCAACUUUCAGGGCCUGAAGGGGGAUCCACGGCACCUCAACCACGAAAGUGAGCUCGUGAGGGAGCUGCGUGCCCUCGGCGCUGUGCUCUACUGCAAGACCAGCGUCCCAGCUACUCUGAUGUCCCCGGAGACAGUGAACAACAUUAUCGAAUACACAUGGAAUCCCAAGAACCGCUUUUUAUCUUGCGGUGGAAGUUCAGGAGGCGAGGGUGCAUUGCUUGCUCUGCGAGGAUCCCCCGUCGGCUUUGGCACCGACAUUGGAGGGAGCGUUCGAAUUCCAUCGGGCUUCAAUUACCUCUACGGACUCCGUCCAUCCUCCGGCCGCACGCCGUACGAAGGCGCGGCUAAUUCGAUCGAUGGUCAGAGCACGAUUCUGUCUGUGAUCGGCCCUAUGGCACCCACUGCACGCUCUUUGGUGAUGAUCAUGAAAGCAGUUCUGAGCCAACAACCCUGGUACCACGAUCCUCUCGUGCUCGACCUACCGUGGCGCGACGAUGUUGUGCAACAAACACGGGCUCUAAUCGAACAGUCAAAGGGCGGCACCCCCAGUCUAGCUUUUGGCAUUUUACGCUGGGAUGGUAUCGCGCGGGUUCAUCCGCCCAUCGCUCGCGGCCUAAAAAUUAUAGAGUCGACCCUCAAACGUCUGGGUCAUAAAGUGAUUCCAUGGAGCCCACCUUCCCACUCCAAGGCCUUGGAAUUAGCAGACAAAGCAUACUCCAUGGACGGCGGUGCAGACCUCGCACAUCACUUCGGUCUAUCCGGUGAACCCCAGCCCAGCCAAGUGAUCGCCGGCUCCAACGUUCCCCUCUCUAUCACAGAACUCACUGCUCUCAACGUGGCAAAACGCGAGUACCAGAAAGAAUACAUGGACUACUGGAACAGCACCUCUGAACUCACUGGAACCGGCCGCCCAGUGGACGGGUUCUUCUGCCCCGUCGCCCCAUACGCCGCGGUCGUUCCGCAUGGGUACAAACACGUGGGCUACACUUGUUUUGUCAACGUGUUGGACUAUACCAGUGUUACUCUGCCCGUGACUCAUGCCGACAAGAAUGUCGACGUGCGAUCGGCCACUGACGAACCGGCGGAUAAUGUUGAUUGGGACUAUGAUGCAGAAGUGUAUGACGGGGCACCGGUGGGGAUCCAAUUGAUCGGACGUCGGUUGCAGGAGGAGAAGAUAUUGACCUUGGCGGAGUAUCUCGGUGACGAACUGGGUAAAACUGCUUGA